CUGUGCACAUGCAAAGCCUCUUUUUUUCAGAGUAUCAUGCUGCUGUUGAGAGCGUUCACCUGCAGAGAGAUAUGAAGUCUGACAGAGGGUCGGUGUGUGGGCUGAAGUCACUCUCAAACUGGGCGAUCCUUUGUGUGCUGUUCCUGGUGGCACUCCUUUUGUUUCAUGACCCGUUUCUCCUCCUCUGGUGGCCUCAGGACCCUGCAGAGAGAACCAAGCCUGCUCUGCAACCUCUGGAUAUGGCGCCUGAGUCCAUCGAUGACAUGUUUGAUGGCUGCCGUUCUGAAGCCGCCUCCAUCAUCGACCUGUUCGGCGUGUUUGAGUGGCACUUUAACAGACACUUCAGCUUCGCCUGGUCUGUAGCUGAAAGGAGUGCAAAGAAACCUGCGCACAAGAAGGUUAAAGACGACCACGCCAUCGCUCUGUACAUGUACACUAAGGUGAAAAAUAUCCAGAGGGACUUCAACAAAGGAGUGCAGACUGGGAAACACAAGUACAACACUCAUGAGUUCAAGUUGCAUUAUCUGUACUUCUACAUGACUGAUGCCAUCCGAGUUCUGCGUCUAAAUAAGACGGCGUGCAGAACCAGCUACCUCAGGACGCGGACACACUUUGACCGCGACGUCAACAACACAAACAUGCGUUUUGGUGCUUUCACAUGGACGGCUAUGAGCAAGCGGUCGCUGAGCUUUAACGGCGAUGUGUCAUGCUUUGAGAUCAACUCGUGCUUUGGUGCUGAUAUAAGUUAUUACUCUGCAACCAAACAGAAAGGUCAGAUGCUGAUUCCUCCGUAUGAGGUCUUCCACAUCACAGACGUCCUGACGGAUGACCCCUGGUGCACCGUGGUCUACAAGCUGCAGAGCAGCAAAACGCCAAAGACGGAUUUAAACUGUAAACUAGACGAGAGGGAGCUGGUGAAGUAUUUUGGAGGAGUUUCAACAGAUUGGCAUGUGAGCAACAGAGUUUGGAUGAUGUCGGCGUGUGGAGUACUGCUGGUUCUGGUCUCUGUGGUUCUGAUUAAACACAGGCAGAAGGCUUUCGUGGCUGCAGUGCUCGGUGCUCUGCUGCUGUGGGUGAUUAUUUUGGUGCUUUUGAGAGUUUUAUUCAAAGAGUAG